UCAGCAACUUAUAGCAGGACUGAGGUGGGCAUUCUGACACUGGGGGGGACUGACUAACUGCCACUGACAUCCCCAUUGACACCAAUACAGUAAUCAGUGCUAAUAAAAAAAGCACUAACACUGUACUUAUGAAACUGGGCAGGAAGGGGUUAACUUUUGGGCGAUCAAAGGGUUAACUGUGUGCUGUGUGUGUUUUUACUAUACAUGCUGCUUUGUAUUUCUCUGCUGUGCAGAGGAAUACAAAGCAGCAUGUCCUUGCUGGCAAGAGAGACCUGUGUUGUUUACACACAGGUUUCUCCCGUAAGCUUCACACGGCAAUCUCUAGGUGCUGGCAGGGAAACUCCGGCCAGGACCCGGUGAUUGACAUCCCCAGCUCCCAAAAGCCGCGC